AAUUUAGCAUAGUAUGAUAGAAAUGAACAGCCAGCCAGAUAGCAAUUUUAGGUCAACUCCAAGGAUAAAGAUUAAGAGAAAGACAAGAAAGACAAGCAGAGAGUUGUAUAGAUCACAGAAUCUCCCAGAUAAAUAAACCUGGUGUGGGCUAUCACCAGGGAAGGAAGUUAAGAAUGACCAAAAUUGCAGAAAAACUUAGGAGUAGUUUAUCAAAACAGCAUAAUUUUAAUUCUUUCAUCUCUAUAUUUUCACCUAAAAGGCCAAAUGAUGUGUUAAAGAAUACAUUAGUGCUAACAGGAGAGCCCAGAAAAAUAGACUCAAAGCCCUCUACUCUAAAACUAGCCCAGAAAUUUACUCCUAAGACUUCUUUCUCCAUGCUUCAUGCUACACCAAGAACUUCAAACUUCCCAAGUAUAAAAGAAGGGCAUCCAAAUACUGGAAGGUACAAACCAAAGAGUAUUAAGCCGAUAAGGCAUCACCAAGUGAGUCCGGAUAGCUCGAGCAGAACCUUAGCAAAUUCUCGACCCAACAUCUCUCAUGUCACCUCCGUUACUCCAGUUGGUAAAUAACUUGUAUUCUAAACGGAAUAACGGAAUUUGGAGUCUGAAUGUUACAGGAUAUCAUAUGGCCAAUACCAGCCGGUUGUUAAAGGUCCAAAAUGAGGAAUCAAAGGCCAAGUUCUCUAAAAUUUUCAAAAAUGAGAAAAUUAGUAGAAAAAAGAUAGAUUCUCUUCUGAAAAUCUCAUUUAUAAAGAAGCAAAAGUUAAAAGGGAUUAGGUAUCAAAACAUCAAGCUGAGGGAUCCUAAUGUGUCUGUCCAAACAGACUCUGCUCAAGGAACCUUCCCAGAGCCUGUUGAAAAUUUCAUAGAUGACAAGAACAAAACACCUAACCAUAAAAGCUCAUUUAUAACGCCAGUUAAGUUACCAAGGCCAAGAUUCUUCAAGGUAUAACAGUGUCAACCAAAACAA